GCUUACCAAAGAUACACCACCGUUCAAUAAGGUUUUGAGGAGGAAAAUAAAUAAAAUAGCCGCUUCUACUCUACCCUACUCUAUACUUUGUUUCUUCUGAGAAAAAGAUCUUUAAAUGCCUUCACCUCGUAAGUCGACGUUAGGGAGCCGUGGUUCCAUGACUGCCACACGGCGCGGCGAAGCAAAACAAGAUGCGGGGCCCUCCCUGCCCGAGGGCAAGAUCAACGGCUUUGAUCCUUCAUCCAAAGCGGCCCCUCUCCCAGAUUCAAUCAACAGUUCGUUUUUGGAGGAGGUGAAGCUGGUGGAUGCAGUCCUAUCUGGGCGCUCUGAACGCAAAGGAGUGGGGAAGCGUGGAAAGAAUGAAAGGGGACUCUUCUUCUGGAUCGCGGUGAUCGUGAUACAGGUGCUACUGUUUCUGUGGUUUCGUUGGGCAAUGGGAAUGUACACCGAGAUCUGGCCGAGGCUCGGGAAGUUUUUCCAGUAAAUAACACAUUGAUGUGAGUAAAGGGGGAUAAAUAUAUACAUAUACACUGGUCAGGAGCAUGUCAAGCGAGCCUCAUAUGCACUUGCAACGCAGCUUCCAUUUGAAAUAUUUGUAUUCUUCACACAUUAUGUGUGCUGUGUUUUAGAUAGAUGUCUUUAGAGUUUUUUCCCCCUGUCGAAUACGUGUCUUCGCUGAUGAUUUAGGCAUAGAGAGUAGGAUAUACGAGUCUUGCAGAACGUUUCCUUUA